AGCUUGUUGAAAUGUCUCAAGUUCGUGUUAAACGAAAGAGAGUGGAUUGGAGCCUUGCUUAACAAACUGUUGAACCUGUUCUAUGUUAUAUAUCUGUUGAAAAAGAAGCUAUAUAUGGACUGACAGAGGUUUCAAGGGAGGAAGUAAAGAGUGCACGCCUAGUUGCUAAUCUUGGUUGUUAUCCAACUUCCAUUCAACUUCCUCUUGUCCCACUGAUAAAGAAUAUGGACAUUUUUCAAAUCCGUGGUUGGAUGUAUAAUAGACUUAUGCCUGACCAAUGUGGCGUUACAAAUGAAUUUAUGAAUGGAGUACAAGAAUUUAUUGCUUUUGCAUGCCAAAAAGAAGACUCAAGUAGUGGAAAAAUUAGAUGUCCUUGCCUUAGAUGCAGAAAUCUCAAGUAUUUAGAUCCUGAAGAAGUCGAAAUUCACCUUUAUAGGAAAGGAUUUGUACGUGAUUAUUGGUAUUGGACAUGUCAUGGAGAAAGUGAUCCAACUUUAUGUGUAGCAUUUAAUACUUUUCAAAGUACUAGUGGCAUUGCACAAGAGCGUCCAAGUACUAGUUGCACUAGACAGGAGGGUCAUAAUGAACAGUUUGAUAGAUUUGAGAGUAUGGUUUAUGAUGCUGUUGAUCCGGAGUUUCGAAUGCAUCCUGAUCAACAAACCGAUGAAGCUCCAAAUAAAGAUGCUCAAGAUUUUAUGAUUUACUACACGCAGCCCAAAAGCCACUGUGGUCGGGAUGUAAACACACAGAACUAUCCUUUGCAGUUAGAAUGAUGACAAUUAAAUCAGAGGGAAACAUUUCUCAACGAUCUUUCAAUGAGACUAUGUCGCUCAUCAAGGAGUUACCUCCUGAAGAUAAUGUUAUUCCUGAAGAUUUUUAUCAGACAAAGAAAAUUGUGUCAAAACUUGGUCUUACUGCAAAAAAAAAUAGAUUGUUGUGAACAGGGUUGUAUGUUGUUCUACACUGGUGAUGAUAUGCAAUUAAAGGCAUGCAAGUUUUGUGGUAGACCUCGUUAUCAUCAGAAAAAGGUUGGUAGGGAUAAAUACAAGGAAGUUCCUGUGAAGCGAAUGCAUUAUUUACCUCUUAUUCCUAGACUUAAGAGAUCAUAUGCCUCAAUGAGUUCUGCACCACACAUGAGGUGGCAUCAUGAAAAUAGGCGACAAUCAGGAGUGUUAUGUCAUCCAUCAGAUGGAGAAGCAUGGAAAGAAUUUGAUCGAAAAAAUCUUGAUUUUGCAAAAGAACCUAGAAAUGUGAGGUUGGGGUUAUGUUCUGAUGGUUUCAUGCCAUUUGGUAAUGCAGCAAAACCUUAUUCUUGUUGGCCGGUAAUUGUUACUCCUUAUAAUCUUCCUCCUGAACUAUGCAUGACAACACCCUACAUGUUUUUGACAUUGAUUAUUCUUGGGCCCAAUAAUCCAAAAGAAAAAAUUGAUGUGUAUUUGCAGCCACUGAUAGAUGAGUUGAAAUUGUUAUGGAAUGAAGGUGUGCUGACAUAUGACAUAUCAAAGAAGCAAAAUUUUAUGAUGAAAGCUGCAUUAUUGUGGACUAUUAAUGAUUUUCCUGCAUAUGGUAUGCUAUCGGGUUGGAGCACUGCGGGAAAAUUAGCAUGUCCAUAUUGCAUGAAUCAAUCAAAGGCUUUCUGGCUGAAACAUGGUGUUAAAUGUUCUUGGUUUGAUUUCCACCGUCAGUUCUUGCCCAUGGAUCAUGCAUACAGAAGAAACAAGGAUGCAUUUUACAAGAAUUGAGUCGUGACGUCUAUUGCUCCACGAAGAUUAACAGGGGAUCAAAUGUGGGAAGAAGUUUCUAAUGUACCAAAAGUAACUGAGACUCAACCUUGUGUUUGUCCUGGAUAUGGUGUAUCUCAUAAUUGGAUAAAACAAAGCAUUUUUUGGGAGUUACCAUAUUGGAAGUCCAACUUAAUAAGGCAUAAUCUGGACAUGAUGCAUAUUGAGAAAAAUGUAUUUGAAAAUGUCUUUAAUACGGUGAUGGACAUCAAGGGCAAGACCAAAGAUAAUGUUAAAGCAAGAAUGGAUUUGAAAGAGUAUUGUAGGCGAAGGGAACUAGAAUUAGUAGAGAACCCUGGUGGAAAACCUUUAAAGCCUAAAGCAAAAUUUGUUUUGUCCAAUGAGCAGCAAAUGGCAGUUUGUAAAUGGGUUAGUGAGCUGAAAAUGCCCGACGGAUAUGCCUCAAAUUUGAGUAGAUGUGUAAACAUAAGGGAAGGGAAUUUCAUUGGAAUGAAAAGUCAUGAUUGUCACAUCUUUAUGGAGCGUUUGUUGCCAAUUGCUUUUAGUGCACUACCACUUCAAGUGUGGAAGCCUAUAGCUGAGUUGAGUAAAUACUUUAAGGAUUUGUGCUCAAGUACAUUGCAAUUGAGUGACUUGUUGUUGAUGGAACAAAAUAUCAUCAUUACAACAUGUAAGUUGGAACGAAUCUUUCCACCAGGUUUCUUUAAUUCAAUGGAGCAUUUGCAUAUUCAUCUAGCUUAUGAAGCAAUAGCAGGAGGUCUCAUUCAAUAUCGAUGGAUGUAUCCUUUCGAGAGGUACUUGGGGAGGUUGAAACGAAUGGUUAAAAACAAAUCACGGGUAGAAGGGUCUAUUUGUGAAGCAUAUCUAUGUCAAGAGACUUCUCAUUUUUGUUCAUACUACUUUGAGUCUCAUGUCCAAUCAGCGAGAAAUAGAGUUGGUCGAAAUGACGCUGGAAGUCAUGAUGAUGUAGAUCCACAAAAUUUAUCAAUCUUCAGUCAUCCUGGUCGAACAGCUGGAACUUCAAGGAGUCGAUAUUUAACUGAUAUGGAAUCAGCUGCUGCCCAUUUGCAUAUCCUACUUAAUUGUGACGAAGUUAAACCAUUCAUUGAACGCUUUGAGCAACAUUUGGAGGCAUCCUUUCCUAAUAUCUCUCAAGCUGAUAUUGAUGGUAGGAUUGCAUCUGAGUUUCCAACUUGGUUUCGAUCUUAUAUGUCAGAUCGUGGUCGGGGAAAAUCCAAAACUCUUAGAGGACGUCCAAGACCGUUAUCACACACUCACAAUGAUAUGUCAUCACAUGUGGCACAUCAUGCCACUCCACCUUUAGCACAAGAGGAUUCAACCAAUGUCCCACCAACUCAAUCACCGCCAAAUGUUGUUGCUGCCACUCCAUCACUUAGGACAUCUCAUUCAACCCCUUCACCCCGUAGUUCUGAAACGGGUGAUGAGCCUAUAAUUGGAUCAAGUGAAUCUCAAACUGUAUCAGAUGAUGACAAAACUACUCUCAUCCUUGCGGGUCAAGGGUUCUUACCUUCGCACUGUGCGGCUAAUAUCAUUACUGAUAUAUUCAGAAGUCACUAUACUGAUCCAUGGGCAUCAUGGAAGAAGAUACCCAAGGACACAAGAAAUAUGUUGUUUGGAGAGUUCAUGAGUAAAUGUUCUAUUUGUCCACCCGACUAUAUAUGGGCUAAAAAGAACUUUGAAGCACGAGGUGCAUAUUUGAUGAAAAGUACUUUAAAUAGGGUUCGUACCUCUAAUACAAGACCAGAUUGGCUUGGUAAUCAUGUAUGGAAUGGGUUACGUGAGCAUUGGGAUAGUGUAAGCUUCAACAUCAAAAGUGCCAAAGCAAAAGCAAACCGGGCAUCCGAUUGUGAUGGAUUUGGGCAGUCCCUUCAUAUUGGUGGCUCUAUUACACCUUCUCAGCAUAAAGCAAAUAUGAUUAAAAAGACCGGAAUCACUCCUACUCAGCUAGAAUUGUUUCGCCAGACACACCAACGCAAGGAUGCUUCAUGGGUGGAUAAGAAAUCAGAACAUGCUACAUUUGAAAGUACAUGGGAAGAUAGGACGCAAAAAGCAUCUGAGCAAAAUGCUCCUCCACCUAAUGAGCUAGAUGUGUGGCUUGAGGUAGCUGGUGUGAAAAAAGGUAGAAUUUAUGGAUUAGGAAUGGAGUCUACUGUGAUGCAUAACAAAUAUCGUGGCUCAAGCUCUUCAUCAUCUGAGUGGGUACGAAGAGAAGAGUUUGAUCAAUUGAGGGACACAUUAGACAUCACUCAAAAAAUGGUACGUCAGAUGAUGGAAAUGAUGCAAACAACAGCACCAACCAAUGUGCAUACAGAUCACGGUGAUAAUUCAGAUGAUUUAGAGGAGUCAGAGGAUGCAGAUGAUCUAGGUGGUUCUUGAGGGAUUAUUUGAACUUUAUCAAACUUUGUUUUUAAGUGUAAUGUAAUAGACUGGUUUAUGAAUGUUGACUUGAUGAUGUUGGUAGAGUAUUGUAUGAGACUACCAUAGUUUAUGAUGAUUGUAGGUUGAAGUUGAAUUAGUGACUGUUUUAUUGUUCCUAUAUUGAUUGAUAGAUAUGGUUAUUACAGGGUUAAAUCA